CAACUCCAGGCCCUCAGACGACCAACAACCAUCGCAAGGGACGACCCCAAUAUUCCUUGACAAGUGCCUCAGUUGCCUAGACGCAAUAUACUGGUGGCCCUGAUAUCGAUAUAGCCUCCUCAUCAGGAGGACACGUGCCUUUCCCGGCCAGGCUACCCAUUUUCCGCCACUAUGCGCGCCCUCCUUUACUCUGUGUUGUCGCUGGCGGCCGUUGUGACCACGCUCGCCGCAGAUGCCCCUGCGGGAAAGCCUACAUCAAAACCUAAAGACGAUCUUGAGGACUCCGAACCCGACACAAUUUUCAAUGGCCAGACUGUACCGCCUAUGAAAGAGCUAGGCACAACUAUAAACGAUGAUAUAAGCAAGGGAAAUUGGCUCGUCGAGUUUUAUUCCCCCAUGUGUCCUCACUGCAUGGCAUUCAAGCCCACGUGGCAGACACUAUACGAAUUCUACUACACAUCCAAGUCCAUAGCCUCCACACCAGAGAAGGAGGGGGACUCGCUAAAUUCUUUCACGCGAUGGUAUGACUUCAAGUUUGCUAAAGUCAACUGCAUUGCUUAUCGGGAUAUGUGCUCGGAGAAGGGCGUUGAAAACUUCCCCUCCAUCAUACAAUUCAAGGACGGAAAUGAGAUUAAGAAGAUGAAGGGUGCGCAGGAUCUAUCAACGUUAAGCAAAUGGGUGGAGGAGACACUGGAGUCUAUUCGUCCUGGAUCACGCCCACAAGGAGGUCCAAAGCUACCUGAAGUCGGGGCCAAUUUCGUUGAGACUGGACCAGAAACUGAAGAUGAGGCCAAGAAGAAAGAAGCUGUGGUCUCAUCAGCAACUGAGAGCGCCAAGCCAACAUCAGCACUAGAAGUUAAACCUAAGAAGCCCAAGGCAACUCCAAACCCAACCGGCGAAUCUGUCGUGCUCACGGCCGAGAAAUUCCAGAAGAUGGUUACGAACACUCUCGACCCUUGGUUCGUCAAAUUCUACGCUCCUUGGUGUCAUCACUGCCAGGCCAUGGGACCCAACUGGAAGGAGAUGGCCCGUGAUAUGCGUGAGAAACUCAAUGUCGGAGAGGUUAAUUGUGAUGUCGAGAAGAGGCUCUGCAAGGACGCACAUGUCAAAGGCUAUCCGACCCUCCUCUUCUUCCGGGGUGGCGAACGCAUCGAGUACAAUGGUCUUCGAGGCAUUGGCGACCUAAUUGAUUUCGCCGCUAAUGCUGUUGAAGUUGGCUCUGGGGUUCCCGAUGUCGACCUUAAGUCUUUCAGGAAGAUGGAGGAGACCGAAGAGGUCAUCUUCGUCUACUUCUACGACCAUGCCACUACUAGCGAAGAUUUCUUAGCUUUGGAGCGACUCACUCUUAGUUUGAUCGGCCAUGCCAAGCUAGUCAAAACAAAGGAUCCGGAGAUGUCAAAGCUCUUUGAGAUCUCUACCUGGCCGCGAUUGAUGGUCUCGAGAGAUGGUAAACCUUCGUACUACUCUGUCUUGGCGCCCAAGGACAUGCGAGAUGCAAGGAAAGUGCUUAACUGGAUGAAGUCCGUUUGGUUGCCUAUCGUUCCUGAACUCACGUCUUCUAAUGCACGCGAGAUCAUGGACGGAAAACUUGUUGUUCUUGGUAUACUAAGCCGAGAAAGAUCCGACGAGUUCAUCAUUGCUAAGCGUGAAAUGAAGAAGGUCGCAAUGGAGUGGAUCGAUAAGCAAACUCAAAUGUUCCAACUCGAGCGUCAAGAGCUCCGGGAUGCCAAGCAGCUUCGCAUUGAAGAGGCCGAAGAUCGAAAUGACCAGAGAGCCUUGAGGGCUGCAAAGGGCAUCCGCAUAAACAUGGACGAAAUUGAGCGGAAAGCUGUUAGCUUUGCUUGGGUCGAUGGAGUCUUCUGGGAGCGGUGGAUCCGGACUACAUAUGGCAUUGAUGUCAAGGAGGGCGAGAAGGUCAUCAUCAAUGAUGAAGAUAACCGGAGAUAUUGGGAUGUCACCAUCAACGGUGACCCCAUACGCCCCUCGCGAACGUCCAUCCUUGAGACUCUCUCGAAAGUAGUAGCAAACCCACCCAAGAUCAGUCCCAAAUCCACCACUAGCAGCAUUGAGCGCGUCUUUUUCACCAUCCGGAAUUUCUGCAGCGGUCACCCUUGGUUAGCUUUGGGCGUAGCUAUAGGCUUCUUGUUAGCAGCGUCAGUAUGGGGCAAGUCAAGGAUGCGCCGGAAGGCUUUUGGUAAUACGGGUGGCUUCUUCCAGCUAGAUGGGAAAGAGGGUCUUUUAGGGGGUACGAACGGAGGCGGGAAAGUCGAUUGAAGUUGGGAAAGAGUCUGUAUUAUAUCUCUUUUGGGCAUACUGUCUUACGGAUCAUUGGUUCGGCGAGGCGCAAGGGUGCUGGUUGGAGGUACCUAAUAUCAUUGAUUGAAUUGUGGUCAUUCAAGGAGUCUAUUGUUGUGGGUGCUCUUGUAGACUAUCUGUUGAGAGAAUUUACGAUAUUAG